CUACGUGGCAGCGCAGAGAUCGGUGCGCGGCCCCGCGCUCCUCAGCCACGCUCCGCCCGCCGCCCUCUCCGAGAGCCGGGCCCAGAGCCGUCGUUCCGCCGCCGCCAUGGGCCAGAGCGACAUCAUGAGCACCGCCGAGGAUUUCGUGGACCAGUUCCUGAGGGUGACGAAGCAAUACCUGCCCCACGUGGCCCGCCUGUGCCUGAUCAGCACCUUCCUGGAGGAUGGCAUCCGCAUGUGGUUCCAGUGGAGCGAACAGAGGGAUUACAUUGAUGGCACAUGGAACUGUGGCUAUUUCCUGGCCUCCAUCUUUGUGUUCAUAAAUCUCUUUGGACAGCUAAGCGGCUGCAUCCUGGUGCUGAGUAGGAACUUUGUGCAAUAUGCCUGCUUUGGACUGUUUGGAAUUAUAGCAUUACAGACUAUUGCAUACAGCAUUCUAUGGGACCUGAAGUUCUUGAUGAGGAACCUGGCCCUUGGGGGAGGUUUGCUGCUGCUUUUGGCCGAGUCACGCUCAGAGGGGAAAAGCAUGUUUGCUGGUGUCCCCACCAUGCGGGAAAGCUCCCCAAAGCAGUACAUGCAGCUGGGGGGCCGUGUGCUGCUGGUCCUCAUGUUCAUGACACUGCUACAUUUUGAUAUGAACUUCUUUUCUAUUCUGCAGAACAUUGUGGGCACAGCGCUGAUUAUCUUGGUAGCAAUUGGCUUCAAGACUAAGCUGGCUGCCUUGACUCUAGUCAUCUGGCUGUUUGGCAUCAAUAUCUACUUCAAUGCCUUCUGGACCGUCCCAGCCUACAAGCCCAUGCACGACUUCCUCAAAUACGAUUUCUUCCAGACCAUGUCUGUCAUUGGAGGCCUCCUUCUUGUGGUUGCACUGGGUCCUGGUGGAGUCUCCAUGGAUGAGAAGAAAAAAGAGUGGUAACAGGAAUAGCAACACUUCCUGGGACACAACACAUUAAGUCCAGAACUGAUUCUUUAUGGAUUCAACAAAAACUGACAGCAUUUUACACAUACAUGCCCCCUUCCUAUUAAAGGCACAGAUAUUCUGAAUUUGA